AUGGACGACCCGCUGGACAAAACAACUCUGGCGACCAUCUCCCUCCUCGAGUCGCGCCUCCUGCGCAUCGAGCAUCUUCUUUACGGCACGACCGCCUCUCCCACCUCCAGCCUAAGCCACCAUGACGCUGCCCUCGAGAAGAUGGAUAUCCUAGAACGGCGAUUCAACAACAUGGUUGCCCAGAUGCGCGUCUAUGCGGAACUCCUCAAGAUAUACAAGUCGAAUCCAGAUCUCUUUCAUGCUCCGCCGCCUUCUCAGCCUCCCUCUCAGCUCGACUCGGAAACAAUCCAGUCCAUCGUCCUCUCCUCAGCAUCGUCAUUCCCCGCUACGCUCUCCGCCCUCACCGCCGCCAAAGAUAUCCCUAUCCCCGAGUCUUCUGCCAGUGCCUCUCUCAUAUCUCUCACCCAGCGCAUGAAGGCGAUUGAAGCCACGCAGCUCGCUCAGGCAGCCGAGAUUUCCAAACUACGGAGUAAGAGCGAGAUGCUUGUGCGAUCGUGGUAUGAAAACAGGGCGCUGGUAGACUCCCAAAUGAUAGCGGAUUCCGAUGGCAGAAUUCGCAAGGUAGAG